UGCUCUCGCUACGCGCCAGUUCUCGCUCAUUUUCUGUGUAUUUUAAUCCGCCAAGAAUAGAAUUCGGUGCUUGAGUCCCUCUUCAGGAAGUCACGGAAAGCGAAUUGGUUGACUGCUCUCCCUGUCCUUGUCAGAAUUUGCGCUAAACCGUGACGGAUAUUAUAUGGACACCUCCAGAGGAAUUCCUGCCAGCGCUGAAAAUGACAGUUUGGUGGAUCUGGACAGUCUCUGCAGAAUUUGUGCCCAGUGUUGCACUGAGGGUGGCUUGGAAGCGGCUGCCUUGACCCAAGACAGAAUCAAACGCCUCAAGAGUUUUCUUCGAGUUGAUUUCGGCAAAGAGAGCGAUAUUCUGCCUCGACAGCUCUGUCAUGGCUGUGCAAACGUCCUGGACCAGUGGUCUAAUACUCAGCUAACUGUGAAAAGGGCGAAUGAAUUUUUUGAAAUGCAACUGCAGCUGCGAGGGGAAGAAUUCCAGAUUGCAAAGGUUGCUGAUAGUGAGGAAAUUAAGCCGAGGUGCGAAAAAUGUUUGAAAUUAUCGGAAGGGGAAAGCAGAUCGCAAAGAAAGCGCAGAACGACAGCCGUGAAAAGCCAGGAUUCUCCUCAACCACCGGUUUACUUUUCAGACAAUGGGGAUGAUUCCGACUAUGUGCCAGUAUCGAAAAAGACGAAGAAAAGCAAGAAAUCAGCGUCAAAGGGCCGUUCUUUGAAUCCACCGUUUAGCUGCAGCCACUGCGAGGAACAGUUUGAGUCAUUGGACUCCCUGAUUUCGCACCAACGCACCCUGAGGCCAGGGGACGGCCUUGGUUGUCGCAUCUGCGCACAGAAUUUCAGCCAAACGUGCCAUCUGCUCGAGCACACUGGUGAACACCAACGCCUAAACUCGGCCCAGGUUGCCGUUCUCUUCUGCGACGAGUGCUCAGAAGGGCCGUUCGCCUCGCGGGCCUCCCUGCAGACGCACCUGACGCGCAGCCACCUGAAGGCCUUCCCCUGCGGCCUUUGCGGCCUGGGCUUUGACGAGCUGGUCGACUUCUCAAAGCACGUGCAGACGCACAUCAAUUUCCGGCAUUUUCCGUGCGCUUUGUGCGGCUGCCGAUUCACCAAACUGGCCUACCUGCUCGAGCACACGGUGCAGCACGCCAGCGCUGCCAACGGCCGACAAAUCACCUUUGCCUGCGAGAUCUGCCCUGACCAGGUGUUCAGCAGCAAGCACAACCUAGCGUCGCACAUGACGAAGAAGCACCGUUCCAAGGGCAAAGAGCGUUCGACCGCCUUUCUGCCGCUGUCCGAACAGGCGGGCCAACAGUUGGAGUGCGGCGUGUGCAGCGAGGUGUUGGGCUCGUGCCAGGCGCUGGCCGACCACAUGGCCGAGCAGCACGCCAAGUUCAAGCUGGUGGCGUGCAAGCGGUGCGGCUGCAAGUUCACCAGGCUGCCCUACUACCUGGAGCACGUGGCCGAGCACGUCGCCCACCCGGACAAGGUGCUGUCCGUGCGGUGCGAGGCGUGCCCCGAGAUCUUCAGUAGCAAACACAACCUCUCCAAGCACGUUUACAAGAAGCACCGCAACAAUUAUCCGGCCAAGCAAGGCCAGGAUGGAACUGACGCGGGAAAUCUACAGGCAAUUGACGGUUUGGACGCAGCAAGCAGGUUCAAAGUGGAGCAGGACGCGGCGACAGGGUUGUACCCGUGCCGCAGCUGCGCGGAGAAGUUCAAGAGCGCAGCGCAGUUGAACGCGCACCUCCUGCAGCACGUGCCGGACAAGUGUCCCACGUGCCGGCGGAUCUUCGAGGACCGCGAGGCGCUGCGGGUGCACUUGCAGGACGACUGCUGCAGGCGCCGGCCAGAAAAGUUCCCCUGCCCCGUGUGUGGAAAGCUGCUGGCCACCAGGCAGAGUCUCCGCGUGCACGCCUCCCUCCACACCGGCGAGAGAAAAUUCGUCUGCGAGGUGUGCGCCAAGUCGUACCGGACGCAGUCGGCGCUGGCAGGUCACCGGAACGUGGUGCACCUGCAGCAGGCGCAGUACAUGUGCCACAUCUGCGCGCGGACCUUCUCCUUCAAACUGGCGCUGAAGCGGCACGUGAUGCUGCACGUGGGCGACCUGCCGCACCGCUGCACCAUGUGCGAGCGCGCCUUCGUCACGGCCAACCUGCUCAAGAUCCACAAGGCCAAGGAGCACGAGCGGCGCGUCCUGCUCAACUGCUCGGCCUGCUGCAAGGGCUUCGUCGACAUGGUCGGCCUCCGCAGACACAUGCGCGCCGUCUGCAAGCUCCCGGAGGCCGACAUUCCCUACGUCAGGGACAGGCAGUUCGUCCGACGCCCCACUCAAAACUGAUUACUCACUAUUUUUGUCACAAUUAUAUUUAAAGGCUGUCGUUGACGAAGUUUCUGAGCGCACCAAUCGAUUCCUGAGGGUCGAAUUAGGUAAAUUAGAUAUUUUUCCGGCCAAAAAGUGCAGCGCGACGUGCGAACUCUUUUUCCCGCCAAAACAAUAUGAAUGCGAGAAGUGCGCAUGCGUCACAGCUGGCUGGUUCUGCCAAAGAAGUCAUUCGUGCAGG